AUGAAAAUUAAGGGCAAAGGCAAAGUGCACCCAUCUCCUCCUCUUCCAUCAUUUUCCUCUUCCGAUGGAGACGACCGCCUCUCUGUUUUAAAGCUUCUCCCCGCUGUGAUUCUCGUUCUCGUCUCGGCUCUCUCCACCGAAGAUCGUGAAGUCCUUGCUUACUUAAUCACCAGGUCACUCAAAACCACAACCACCACCACCGCCACCGCCGUAUCCGCUGGAGGAAGAAGCCCUUCUGAUUCGAAGAAACCUAGCAGGAAGAAGAGAACCCAUAAACCUCCCAUUUCCGAUUGUGAGUGUUUCGAUUGCUACACUAGUUACUGGUUUAGAUGGGAUUCUUCCCCCAACCGUGAGCUCAUCCACCAGAUCAUCGAAGCCUUCGAAGAUCAUUUGACCAAAGGCGAGAACUCAGCUUCCCAGAAAUCAAACAGCAAAGGAAAGAAGAAGGAGAAAUCAGGUCGUCGCCGGGUCGUGGAACCCUCGGGUCGACCCGAAGAACCGAUUGCUAAAACCACUGAACCGGUGGAGCCCGUGGUGGUUCCCGAUGAGGUCACGCCUGAUAAAUCACCGGAAAUAUUGGCCGAUGAAAUGGAAAAGCCGACGGAAACCAGGAGGCUGCCGGUGGCGGCGGCGUCUGGACACAAGGGCUUGGCGAGGAAGGUGUUACCGGACGUGUUGGGUUUAUUCAAUUCGCGUUUUUGGAGCCUUUGGAAUCCGAACGCGUAA